GUUUUUUAAUAGGCAUAUCCCCCCCUCCGCCCCCAGCCCUGUCCCCUUCUUUUGUGCUUUGCUAUAAGAGUAAAGCAGAAAGAUCCUAGGUAGCAGAAGGGUUACCCUCCUCCUCCUCCUCCUCCUUCCCACCCCUUAAGGGGCGGUGAUAGUGGUGGAGAGGAAGAAAAGGAUGCCACGGAAGCUGUUGUUGCCUUAUAAAUCUGUUUUUUCUCACUUUCGAGCUCCGAGGGGUUUGCAUGAUUCCUCGGCAAUGAACGCAGCCAGAAGUGGCUACCGGGUCUUCUCGGCAAACUCCACGGCGGCCUGCACCGAACUGGCAAAGAGGAUCACGGAGCGUCUUGGUGCUGAGUUGGGAAAAUCUGUGGUAUACCAGGAAACCAAUGGAGAAACAAGAGUUGAAAUAAAGGAAUCUGUCCGGGGGCAAGAUAUCUUCAUUAUACAGACGAUCCCCAGAGAUGUGAAUACUGCUGUAAUGGAGCUGCUGAUAAUGGCUUAUGCACUGAAGACUUCCUGUGCCAGGAACAUCAUUGGGGUCAUCCCUUACUUCCCCUACAGCAAACAGAGCAAAAUGAGGAAGAGGGGCUCUAUUGUCUGCAAACUGCUGGCUUCGAUGCUAGCCAAGGCAGGUUUAACGCACAUUAUCACAAUGGACCUUCAUCAAAAGGAAAUCCAAGGCUUCUUCAGCUUUCCAGUAGACAACCUGAGAGCCUCCCCUUUCCUGCUUCAAUAUAUACAGGAAGAAAUUCCAGAUUACAGGAAUGCAGUUAUUGUAGCCAAAUCUCCUGAUGCAGCUAAAAGGGCUCAGUCUUACGCUGAGAGAUUGCGGCUGGGACUAGCAGUGAUACACGGAGAGGCUCAGUGUACAGAACAGGACAUGGAUGAUGGUCGUCACUCCCCCCCGAUGGUCAAAAACGCAACUGUGCAUCCUGGUCUGGAGUUGCCAUUGAUGAUGGCCAAGGAGAAACCUCCAAUAACUGUGGUUGGAGACGUUGGAGGAAGAAUUGCCAUCAUUGUGGAUGACAUCAUCGAUGAUGUGGAGAGCUUUGUAGCUGCUGCAGAGAUCCUGAAAGAGCGAGGAGCCUAUAAGAUAUUUGUGAUGGCUACUCAUGGGCUCCUGUCUGCAGAUGCCCCCCGCCUAAUAGAGGAAUCCUCCAUCGAUGAGGUGGUGGUAACCAACACAGUUCCUCAUGAGGUACAGAAGCUGCAGUGCCCCAAGAUAAAGACUGUGGAUAUCAGUUUGAUCCUCUCUGAAGCCAUCCGACGAAUCCACAACGGGGAGUCCAUGGCCUAUCUCUUUCGCAACAUCACUGUUGAUGACUAGUUCUGACGCUGCCCCUGUCCUGGCUUCCAUGAGAGAAGGAAAUAUGCAUGAAAAGGCAAUACCAUAAAUAAUAGACAUAACACAAUUGUUUAUCCUUGUAGGGAGAGUGAAGUGUUUCAGGGACUUGAGCCAUUAGAUCCAACAGAAAGAAAACAACCUGACCAGCACUUUAUAGGUGAACAGAAGAGGCCACUGGCAAUGGGGAGGAUAAAGACAUGAGGAAGCUUUGAAUUUUUAAGUUCCUUUAAUUUUUUUUGUAGUAUUUUCUCUUGCCCUCUAAAAAACAAACAAAAAAACGCAAAGGAAAAUAACUGUCAGCUUAUAAGAGAGGAGUGGGGAAUGUUCAUCACUGUAUGUGAACAGCGGGAGGAAACAGCAUUUGGGUUUCUGUUUCUGUCUAUGACUUGCCUGAGAGAGCCCAGAAGGGAAUGCUUCAUUUAGGCAGCUAAGCUAGACUGCUUGCUGCUGGCAGAGCUAAUCAGCGGCUCAGACCCUUGCCAAUUUAGAGGCCUCGAAUCCCUUAUACGGCAUAGCAAGUGCUUUCAUCAAAACCAGGUUAGCGGAACAUCCAGAAAGGGCAGCUCAGGGCAACCCGUUCAAAGGGCUGGUCGUAUCCUCGUUUCUAGGGGUCGGCAACAAGUUCUUAUGUAGCUCUCAGCAGGGCAAGAGAUUCUAGUUAAUGUGCUGGCCUUUUCAUUUUGUGAGCCUUGGAUCAUUAUCGUGCUUCAAUGGCAAGUCACAUGAGGAUCUAGGUCCUCACUUGAACGCUUGUCUGCACUGCGAAGCUAGGCACACUUUCUGGAGUUGAUAAAUUGUGGCAGUCUCUCGUGAGGAAGGGAAGUUGGAACAAUAUCUGCCUCUAACACGACUGUGCUUUCCAAAACUCACACUGAACCUGCAAUAAAAAGCAUAGGAUUUUUCAUUUUUGGUGCUUCCUGUGAAACCUUUGCCCUCUGAGCAGCUGCUGUGUCUGUACCAUGGGGCUGUUGCUGUAAGUAGGCUCGCUUGGCAGCUUGUGGCCUCCUUCUGCAGGGAAGCAGGACUCACUGCUUGCUCUUUUCUCAAGUGACACUAAUCUUGGCUGGAGGGGACACUUGAGAAAGCAGCAGAAAGUGCUUGUGAAUUGAGGCAGGCUUUGUUGUCUCCAGGAAGAUAAAAGGAUAAAUUCCCGAACUGUGAUCUUCGCCCCUGAUGAGGCAGUAAAAUCCUAUCAUAUUUUCCAGCCUGCUGGUAUAAGGAACAAAUCCUGCCAGAGGCAAUUGCUUGAGAGAACAGUGCUGAUGGAUGGCUCUCUCUAGCAGGCGUUUGUUUGGUUUCAGUCUUCCUUCGACUUCUGCCUACAUCCUUCUCUCCCACUCCAGCAUCUAAAAUCCAAACAGUGCCCAGGGGCAAGUAGCGAUGCUGUGAGAGCGAGAAGAGCCUUGAACACUAGGCAAACAAAUGUUCCUUGGCAGCAGGGGAGUUUGUCUUGCAAAACUAAUGUCCUGUCUCUUAGCCAGUGAGGGUGCAUGAAAGCCCAAACCUGAGAGCGGUUGGGUCUUCUCUGGUAUCCAGCACUAAUUAAACCUUUAAGCUAAAUCCCAUGAGCAAUACACAUGGGCUAGAACUGCUCUUUUGGCUAUUGAUAGUUUUACUGCAUUUUCAAAGUACCACAAACAAGUCACAGCUGUGCUCUGUGAUCACAAUGUGGCUCCUAGGCCUGGGGUGGUAACGUGUUACUGUAUUUUUAAGCAUUAUUGAACAGCUUGACCGAAGCAUGUGAAGUCCUUGCAAAAAUGCCUAUGUGCCACCUUGUUCUGAGCCAGGACUGGACCAUGCUGUUCAUACUGGGAUCCAGUGUUAAAAAUACAAAAAGCAUUGCUCUUCUGUCCCCUUCAAACUGCUUCGUCAGACCUGCCAGGAGCUACAUCAGGGCUUUUUGAAUGUUGUUGCUGUGUUCACACUUGCUUUUACGGGAUUGUAUUUUGCUGGUAACUGUUGAACCGCAGCACCAGUGGGCACAGGGUUGUUCAGGUGUCCCCUGAGCUAUGCUCAGGAGCUCCUAGCUGAGUUAUCGUCUGAUCUCACUUCAAACCCCGUCCUGGUUGUAAGCCAAAAGCAAUUGGCAGUACUGAAGCCAGAUGUUUAUGUCUCGAAAAUCCUUAACUGCUUUUUAGGAAAACUGAUAACCUGUACUCACUGGAUCCCGAAAGCUAGGGAGCUGGUGGAUUGGGACAGGUGUACAUUAGUUAGAAGGACCUAGCACCUGCCUGAUUUAACCUGACUCGGGUCUAGAUUGCCACUUUGUCAGCAUUGAACCUAGUCUCUCAUUUUUCCUUCUGCCCUGAAAUCUAGCCCUUGCUGUUGCUGUAACAGUGUGCUGAUGUGCUCUUUCUGAAGUGAUCUAGCCCUCUGCCAUCUUAGGAGGUCUUACGCCUUUUCCUGCCGGUCCUGUUUGCUUUCUAGAAAGCUUGAGUGGUCCCUGUACGUAGACUUAAACCUUUUGAACUGGCAGUUUUGCCCGUUAUCAGAGGAAAGGCUUAGGAUCCCUCGUAAGAGGGUUAGCUUCUUGUCUCAGUGCAUGUUGUUCCCAUCUCUUAAUCUCUCUACUCCCUCUUUGAAUUCGGUCCUCUCUGCUUUGGGGAAAAAAAAAAAAUCCACACACACAACAGAUCUAUAUGCUUUGUUUUUAAUGCCUGAAAACCGACACCUUCUGUCUUUUAAAGGAGCAAGUUGGUCUAUUCUGUUUUCUGCCUGUCCACCCUCAUCCUUCCUUGCAAAUUGUCUUUGAGUGCCUCGCUGCAGGAGAGAGAUGUUAACGCUCUAAAUAACUGUGUGAUGGUCUGACUUUGUGGUUUAUAAGGGAAAAGAAGUUCUCGUUGAUUAUUUUUGUAAAUACUUGUUUGAUGGAUCACUCAGGUUCAAAGGUCUUCCCAGUGUUUGAAUAUUUUACUUCCAAGGAUUAUCUGGAAGCAUGUGUUUAUCUGCAUUUCUUUUUCUCUGCUUAUGUGGCUUUUUGCUGCAGAGGGAGAUUGAGUUACCAAGAAAUCUGUGUACCGAUGCAGUUAGCAACAGCCUUCCACCGUUCUCACCUUUAAAGCUGGGGGAGAGGGGAAAACUUGUCAUCCUUUUGAUACUUCCCCCCCCCCAAAAAAAAAAAAAAGUGCUUCCUCUCUAGGACUCGUCUCCUCAUGGAAAGUCCCAGAUUGGACCACGCUGUGUGACUUACAGCUAUCUUCUUUCUGCAGAUGGCUUAGUUCUUCUUUGCAGAGGCAGGUCGCCCUGUAAGGGAGCUGAGUCUUUCAAGUUGAAUCUCUCUAAGCAUGGGCUGCAUUAAGCUACUUUAGUUACCGAUUACAUUUUAAGUAUUAAAGUGGAAAAGAAUGCAGGGAAGCCACGGCACAUCUUCCGUGCAUAAGUUCAUGCCUUUUUCUGUCCAGUGCAGUGUGUGAGGACAGUCGUAUGGUUGGUAUGAGCACCUCGCCUUCAUAAAACCUGUUUGACCUAGAAUAUGCUGUUUAACCAUUUUCUCUGGGGAAAGCGACAGGAAUGCUUGUGAAUGUGUGUUAGAAACCUGCAGAGAAACUCCAAGCGUGGAUGCAAAUAAACUCUGAAUUCUCAGUUGAA